CUUCAACGAGCAAGAAACACCGGAAGUUAAAAUUUGACAGAUCGAUCAUGUCGUAUUUUGGAAAUUUUAAACAUUUUUCCAAUGUUUUGAUACGAAUACCACCUCUAUUUAUUAUUGAUAGUUUGUUGAAUGGUUCAUUGUUGAAAGUUGUAUACCAGAGUGUUCAUCCAGAGUAUAGUUUGUAUCCAAUAACCACAUGGACACAGUUGUUUCAAUGGCUAGCUACGUCUUUCACUAUUUUAGUAUUAGCAGUGAUGUUGUUUGUCUCAGCCAGGAAUCAUUUGAUAGAACUAUACAACUAUGUAUUGGUGGGUGUUAUUCUAAUGGUGUCAUAUCACUGGAAUCUAAACUUUGUCGUCACUAUUUAUAAAGAAGAAGUGGAACAAAAUGAACCAUAUCAUAAAGAUUUAUAUGAUAUAUUACAAUCUGACUUUAAUGGUAUAAUGAAAAAUAUCAUUAUUCAAAUCUGUGUAGCUGUUGCUUUUUUGACUGCUUGGGAGUUUCGUCAGACUAGUUUAAGAAGAAGCUCUAUUGAAGGUGAUAUCCUAAAUACUCUACUGAAAUCAGCUGUAUCCUUCUCAAUGAUAUUUCCAAUUAUUGUGAGAGCUAUUUAUCAAGAUUUUAUUGUUCUUCUCUGGUCACCAGUACUGUCAAUGAUUGUUCCAUUAGCAAUUUUAGUUAAGCACAUUAUGGAUUCAUUGUCAACAUUACGUAAAUUUACAACAAGAAUUGUACUCAUAACAAAAAUGAGAAUACAUAAUUUAGGAAUACAAACAUUCUUAGAAGAACAAUGGAUUCGUCUUCAAGUACCAAGAGUCCUUCGUAUGUUUUGGAUAUUACGCCUUACAGUUCAAGUAAGCCUCCUGUACUCCAGAAUAUCGCGGGAUGAUUUUGAUGAACUAGAUCAGGAAAAUUUAGGGAAAUUCUUUUUGAAGAAGUUAUUGGCAGAUAGCUGUGACACAUUUGUAUCAUUAUUAGGAUUAACAAGUAUUAUCUCAUAUAUUGCUCAUUACAUUGGUCUGUUUAUGGCAUUUUGUGUGGGAUCAAACACUGAAGAGGAUCGAAGCAUGGGGACUGUGUCAGCCAUUUUGUUUUUCAUCCUAGCCUUACAAACAGGUCUCACAGGACUUGAUCCUGACAGUCGCCUAAUUCGAUUGGCCAAAAAUACUUGCCUACUAUUUACAGCAAUGGCACAUUUUGUUCACAGUAUGAUUCAUCCUGUUCUGAUGUCUUUAAGUGCAUCUAAGAAUCAGAAUGUUAUCAGUCAUGUCAGGGUUCUGUCAAUGUGCCUUUUCUUGAUAAUUUUUCCGAUAGUUUUACUAAUAUAUCUUUGGAGCCAUUACACUGCUAAUACAUGGCUGCUAGCAGUCACUGCAUUUAGUAUUGAAGUUAUGAUGAAAGUGUUUUUCUCAUUAUUGACAUACAUCUUAUUUAUGGUUGAUGCAUACAUGGAUGUAUUUUGGGAGAAGUUAGAUGACUAUGUCUACUACAUUAAAGCAACAGGAAAUACAAUGGAAUUCAUGUUUGGCAUUUUUCUUUUCUGUAAUGGAGGUUGGAUAAUUAUCUUUGAAUCUGGUGGUAUUGUUCGAGCUGUAAUGAUGUGCAUACAUGCUUACUUUAAUAUAUGGUGCCAAGCCAAAGAAGGCUGGAAAGUGUUCAUGAAGAGAAGAACUGCUGUUCAUAAAAUAAAUUCACUUCCAGAAGCAACAGAAGAACAGUUGGAAGAAUUAGGUGAUGUUUGUGCCAUAUGUUAUCAAAGUUUUACAAGUGCAAGAAUUACUCACUGCAAACACUACUUCCACAAUGUUUGCCUGAGAAAGUGGCUUUACGUUCAGGACAAUUGUCCGCUUUGCCACAAGCUGAUAUAUCAGCCCGAAGGUAGUACUUUAGCCAAAACAGAUUCUUCACAAAACAUAGAUCAACAGGUGCUGAACCCACAAAUACAAGAACCAUUAAGACAAGAGUUAGAAGAUCAGCAAGUUCCCAAUCUGAAUAGAGAUGGUGCUGCACAAUAGUAAAUUGAUAUAAUAUUUUUAUUACUAUUCAUUUUCAUAAAAAAAAUUAAAGUCAUUCUUAAUUGUACAUGUAUAAAUGGAUAGCUGAUUAUGUCAAACAUGGCAUGCAAGUUUUGCUUGAGUUGUUUAGUUAAAACAUAAAAGUAUUGAAUAAUUAACUUUUUUCUUGUGAUAAACAGGUUUUGGGUUGAUUUACUCAGAUUUUAUUGCAUUUUCUUCAAGAAUGAUUUUGUAGAUUCAUUUUUUCCUGGUUCAUGUACAUUUUGUAUGUAAGUUUUCAUACACAUGUUUUUCAUUGAAGUGUACAAUUUUUAUUUUAAAUGCUAGAUCAAAUAUUCAGCAAAAUUAUUUUUGAGCUUUUUUUUCUUAAUCUCAAAAAAAUGAUCAGAGUAACUUGUUUCAGUCACAGUAACAUUUGGUUUUUUCUUUAAAACUUUAAUAGAAAUUAGAAAGGAAAUCAGUGAUUCAAAUGUUACUGGGCUGUGUUAGUGAUUUUAAGAGACUUAUAAAUGCAUGUUUCUAUGAUAACAUGAUACAUUGUAUGUCAUAAUAUUGUUUAUUUUUAGCAAAUGCUAUUUUUUAUACUUAUGCUGUUGAACAUGUUGAAUUUAAUUUGUUGUACAUUUAUUUUGUAAAUUGAUUCAUUAUCAUUAAUUUUUUGUCAUAUUUAGUCAUACUUGUAAAGUGUGCUAAAAUAUUUAAAAUAUUUGACUCUAUUUUGCAUUUGAAUUAGAUACAUAAUAAUUGUAUAUUUAUAAAUAUAUAGAAUUUUUGCAUGUGAUGAAUUUAGGAAAACUUGAAAAUAUCACAAAAAAAUAUAAUUAUCAAAAUAAUUAAAUUCUUUACAAAUCAUAUGGCAGAUCAUACUUGUUAAAUAUAUUUUAUAAAUUCACCAUUAAACAUGCAUGACGUUUUUUGUAAUUUGAUAUUAGAAUUUUUUUUACCUUCAAACUACUUUUCUAAUAAUUAGAAAUGUUAUGUCUGUCAUGUCUCUAUGGGUCAUAUGUACAUGAACAUCUUUUCAUUUAAAGUACAUUUGUGUAUCCCAAUCUUGUUAAAAUAUAAUAGCGGAAUAUUUCAAAGUAAAGGAAAUUUUUCAAAUACAUAACUGGUGAUUUUUCUGGCUCCAACAUGUUUUGGAGUCAAAUGGUACAAAAUGUUGUUACUGUCUUGGCAGGUUAUGCACUUGGAAUUUAAUUUCAUGUACUGCAAGCACUCUUUGGUAUUUUUGAAUUCAAUUUGCACUUUUAUUAGUCACUAUACAUUUAUAUGCAUCUUCCAACCAAAAUACAUAUUUUUUAAUAGUUUUGUUAUACUUAAAGAUACAUGUAUUUGUAGAACUCUAAAGUACGAUGGGGACGCUCAAGUGGGAUGGUCACUCUAAAGUGCCAUGGCAUACGCUGAAGUGGUGCGUUUUUCCGCGAAUGCGUGUUUGUUCGUGAAAGUGUGAACGUUUGCAUUAUGACGCUUCAAGCCGUUUGAACAUACAAAAAUUGACAUACAGGUAAAGGAGAAUAUUUGUGACUCCCAAUAAAGUUUAAUUACAAGACAAAAAAGAGAUACAAAUGAAACAAAACAUUUUUAGUAGGUGAUAUAAAAGACUGUAUGCGGAGGAUUUCUUUCCAACAAAAUCACAUACAGUUCAAAACCUUUGAACUCGCUGCGUUGCCGUGGACAAAUGUUUUUCUGUCAGGAUAGUGGAUAAAAGGUUUUUUCAUCAACAUACAUGUAGAAAACUGACGACAGUAAGGGGAAGGUGCAAACCGUAAAAGAGAGAGAAAAAGUCAAAAAUACACCAAGUGUAUCGUAUUGCUUACGCAUCAGAUAAAUAGUAGAUUUAUGACUAAAGAAAAAAGAAAUGAUCAAACAAAAACAAAAAAAAAUUAGAAGAUGUCAAUGAAACUAUUAUUCACCAAACACAAAAUGUUGCCUAAUAACUUAUGACACAAGGCGUGGAGUAUAGGCUCUAGUCGAAUAGCUAGUUAUAUAAACAACACAAUAACUCGUGUACAACAAUCCAAAAGAGACAAACAACAGCAUAAUUUAUAAACAAUAUACAAAAACUAAUAUUAACACAUCAAGAAACAAAAGACAUUGCCUGAACACCAUUUCCGUUACACCAUCACACUUUAGCGUGUAAACCAACGUCCUUUAGCGUGUCAUAUACCAUUUUAC